AUGACAGAACCGCCAGACAAGUCCAUUACGGACCAGUACGACAAGAUUGAGAAGAGGCUGCUCUGGCUUCACCAGCACAAAACAAAUAACUUUCCAGAGCUCGACGACCUCGAUGCGCCGGGCAGACAUAAACGAUUGCGAGAAAUCCGCGAAGACCUGUCCAACAUCAAGGAUACGUUUGAAUUAUGGCUUCAAGACCCUGACCUACCUCUGGAUCGGGGCGAUAUACAGCUCUUACUGCACAUGAUCCCGGCAUUGGAGGCGCCUCUGGACAAUGAGUUGUUGCAGCGACAAACGCGUCCUCUCGCACCAGACUCGCUCCUUCCGUGGGAACCAUCCCAGCCAGCAUCAGAACCGAGAGUCCAGGACGACGGAAUUGAUUGGAAGUUAUAUGUGAACGAGGAGUAUCUUGAUGAUGAGGUUGCCGACGAUGCGGCGACGGCGACAGCGUCCGUCGCUGUCGAGACAGAGAGUGCGACUGAUAACACCCAGGCGCUCACAGGGAAUCCGAAUGGCAGGCUGGGAGAUUUCAAGCAUUCGCUGCGUGGAGGUGGAUUGCCAUCCCCGUCCUCGAAUCCAUCUAAGGGAGGGACGACUGCCGGUAGCUCGCUGAGAAACUUUGAGCAUUCAGGUGGAUUGCUAUCCCCAACCCCAAGUCCAUCAGAGGGAGGGAUGACUGCCGGGGGCGGGCUCCGAGUUCCCGCCUAUGGGGGUGGGCAUUCUCAAUUCAGAGACGAUGGCAAGUUUCGUUCAAUCAAAUGGGCCUAUGAGGAUACAUUGAGUUUCUCCGAUGUUGGGCUCCGCCAAGCUGGAGGCGAACGAGAUCGCAGUCGGGUGCACAGCCAGUCCGCCGGUCCGUCCUCGUGGUCUUCGACGAUUAGUGAUGCGUCAGAUGGAGUCUCGAACCACUUUGGACCCCAGCGAUUCCAGACGGCGCAGAAUGGUCCGAAGGCUGGCUAUCGACUCACCACCUCGGCGUUAAGAAGUCGGGGCAGCUCGACGCCAUUCAAACAAUCCGGCCUUCGAGCUGGCUAUACGCAGAAUGGCCUAACGGCUGGCCACCGACCUAACGGUACGCCGUCAAGAAGUCGGGGCAGCUCGACGCCAUUCAAACAAUCCGGCCUUCGAGCUAGCUAUGCGCAGAAUGGCCCAACGGCUGGCCACCAACCUAACGGUGGCUAUGAACCGAAUGGCUAUAUGCCCAGCGGUCCGGUGCAAUACCCGCGAUCCGCACCUUACGGCUUUCCAGGUGGCUAUGCGCAGAAUGUCCGGUGGAAUCGACGCCGUCGGCACCUCAUGGGUAUCCAGUCGGAUAUCAAUCCCAGGGCAAUCUGGCCAACGGUCCAAGUCGAGAUGGAGAAGCCUCCUCAGCAGGUCAUGCUUAUCCAGUCGGCCGUCCACAGAAUGGGUAUAUGUCCAACGGUCCAAUUCGAGGUUCAGAGGCAUCUCUAG